UCCAAUGCAGCAACCAAAGAACAUGGUAAAUCGUUUAGCAGAUUACUAGUUUCCAUAAAGGGAUUUUGUAUUCCCCAGUUCGGCCAUGGCCUGGGAAGUAAUCCGAGCAUUUACCCUUUUCCAUAAUUUUAGGGUAUUACUACUAAUAUAUAUGCAUUUGAUCUGAGAGAAGUAGGUUUCCAUUGUUUCCGAAGGCUUGUUUCCAUGGUGUUAAUGCCGAUCAUGGCAGUGAUCAUCAAAGUCCGGACUUUGAUUAGAUCAUAUUGUAUUGUCAAGGGUCGUUUGAGGGUAGGAAUUGGGUUAGGAUAAUACCAUGAUUGCGCUAUGAUGUUCCUUGUGCCUAGUGCUAUCGACCAAUAUCGUCUGCAUUGCUUAUUUGAUUCCGAACACUAAACAAAGCAAGAGCUAGACUGAGAAAAGUGCUUUGUAUUUUGAGUUUUACAUGGAUGUAAACCGACCCAAAUUGUUGAAUCCCAUACAUACCAAUGCCAUAGUUGCAGGAACAAGAAAGCAAAGUCCGUAAAGAGGGUGAGACACCAUUUCUUUUAAGCGCCCACAAACUACUGUAGCAGCAGCUAAGACGGAGACGGCAGCAGAGAAGAAUGAGCAAUAGUCGAAUUAUUCAGUCUCUGUUACAAAGCUCUCGAAGGCCUCACUUAGGCCUCGCUGCUUCUCGUUUCUCUACAACGAGGCUCUCUCCUUUACCUCUCCCCACCGCCCUUAACCCUUCCUUUUCUUCUUCUUCUUCUUCAUCUCGUUUUGCUGUUGUUUCUUCUCUACGACUAGAACCCAUUUCCUCUUUCUCUUCCUCCUUUAGUCACCGUCUGUUAAGCAGCACCUCUUCCACCCACAACAAACACGAAAACCACCAAGAAGAAGAAGACCCACUUUUCUAUGAAAUAACUGAAGAUGAUGGGGAAACCACAGAUGGGUGGGAAGAAGAGGAUGAAGACGUCCAGCCCAAGAUUGGUGAUGGAGGGGAUGGAGGUGGAGUUGUACUGCAAGGUGUUCCUUGGGGUGAAUCUGCUCUCUCUAUUGCCUGUGAUGUCCUAAAGCUCUUCAGUGAUGACACUAAAAUUUUUGCUUUCAAGGCUACUCCUCGUGGAUACAUUUAUGUUAGACUAGACAAAUUGUCAAAUGAAUAUGGUUGUCCGAGCAUGGAGGAGCUGGAGAGCUAUAGUCAAGAAUACAAGAAAAGGCUAGAUGAAGCAGGGGAACGGAGAGAAAUACCUGAUGAUUUGGCUCUUGAGGUAUCAUCCCCUGGUGCAGAGAGAAUACUAAAGGUACCAGAUGAUUUAGAUCGGUUCAAAGAUAUGGCUAUGAGAGUUUGUUAUGUUGAAGAUGGAGAGUCUAAUUGUACUGAAAAGAGUGGAGUUUUCAUACUGGAUUCCAUUGAAACAGAGCUAGAGAACUGCAUAUGGAAGUUGGCAGAUGUGAAGGAGAACAGGGACCCCAACAGCAAGGGUAGACCAUUUUGUCGUAAACGGAGGGAUUGGAGAUUAAAACUGUCUUUUGACAAGCAUAGGAUGAUAAUGCUGCACCUUGAAUGCUGAAAAACAAUGGGUGGAAAGUUUUAGGAAGCAAGAUGCUUGAGUUUCGAUAUAGUUUUAUUCAUAAGGCUUCCUGUAUGAAAAGUGAAAAUUUCGGUAUUAUUGGGGUCUUCCACAUACAACCUAUGUAAAAUACAUUUUACAGAUUACUAACAGCAAUAAUAGUUUUAUUACAUUGUAUCA